CUCAGCCCAGCCUCACCGCGGCGCUCCGAGGGCUUCCCGCCGGGACCAUGCGCGGCCGCGACUUCCCGCUCGUCCUGCUGGCUCUGGUCCUCUGCCAGGCGCCCCGGGGACCGGCCGCCCCGGUGUCGGCGGGCGGAGGGACCCUGCUGGCCAAGAUGUACCCGCGCGGCAACCACUGGGCGGUGGGACAUUUAAUGGGAAAAAAGAGCACAGGAGAGUCCCUGUAUGUUUAUGAGGGAGGGAGCCUGAAGGAGCAGCUGAGGGAGUACAUUCGGUGGGAGGAAGCUACAAGGAAUUUGCUAAACCUCCUAGAAGCAAAGGGGACCAGAAGCCAUCAGCCACCUCAACGGGAGCCCCUGGGCAUUCGCCAGUCUACCUGGGAUUCAGAGGACAGCAGCAACUUUAAAGACGCGGGAUCGAGACUCAAAGUUGGUGGACUCUCCAGGUUCUCAGCGUGAAGGAAGGAACCCCCAGCUGAACUGAUACUGACAAUGGUGGCCUCCCUCAAAGAAGCAAAACAAAACCCUCAAGAGACUGCGUUCUAUGGGCAUCAGUUCUACUGGGUCAUCAAGUUUCCUUUAUGCAAAAUACUUAACUAUUCUUGUAUCUUUCAACUUUGACUAAAGUCAUGAUUUUCAAGCAGCAUCUUCUGGUUUGAACUUGUUUGCUGUGAAUAGUUGUCCAUAAAGAGUGCUCCAAUUAAUGUUCUUUACAUCUGGGCUAUUUGUCUAUUAGAUUCCAGUCCUUGUUCCCAUUCACAAUAAAAGCUUAAACAUAUUGU